CUCGAGGCCAGGGCAUGGGGGGCUACUCUCUAUCCGGAAGAUUAAUGCUCAACCUGAUGACAGUCAGAAAGCUCGCCCACUCCUCAAGAACCUCAUCUGGGAUGGCGUCCUUGGCCACUGCGAACCUCUACUGUUAGACAAGUCAGACACUUCAAUACUGAACAACAGACCAAUGAAAAGACGAUGGCGUCUGAAGUUUGCGGCAGCGCUGCCCUUGUUCUGGUCCAAAGUCUGACCGUCUGGACGGGCGCGUGGGACAAUCUUCAGGUCAUGACGGUCUUGAAAAGCAAGUACCCAGGGAGGUGGGUCGUCUGGGUUCUCAGCGGAAAGGCUCUCAAAGUAUGAGAACGGAAGCGGUAAGAGCGUGCAUAGGCUAUCUAUGACCUCUUGAUGGCUUGCAUCGCGCUUGCAAACAAGAAUCCCGUUUGUGUUGUGGACAGCAAGACCGCGGUUAACAGCCUCCUGGAGAUCUCUGGGACUAGGAACUGUGUUGAAGCCUUCACGAAUACUCAGGGCUUUCACAUUCUGUAGGCCAUGUCAACGUGCAAGUGCUUUAUCAAAUCAGAAAAGUAGCUCACUUUUCCCCCCAUCCGCUGCUCAAUGAACUCGGUUCCAUACGGGAUGACUUGAAGAGACACAACGCGGACAUACUGUCGCUCGUCACUGCCACCUUUUUUCUAUUGU